AUGAACGGAUUUACAGAAUCAACCAAAGAAGCUUAUGAGGUGUAUGCUCAAGGAAAAGUUAAAGAGGCGCUAAAUCAGCUUGACCAGAAAUCAUUUCACUAUGGUUACAUUCAACUUAUCGAAGAAUUGAAAGCAGGCAAGGGAAAAGUUACCAAGAGUUUCACUAAGAAGUUUGAAGAUUUUAUUGAGAAGCAUCCACAUGAUACUGAGAGGUUCCAACCACUAAUAGACAAGCUUGUACAAAUGGAUGAGAUACACCUUCUGAGAAAAUUAGUCAACAAUCAACACGGAUUAUCAUUCACCCAUCAAAAACCUUACUACGCCCAAAAUAUGGGGAAGAAGGCUGAGAAUGCACUGGGCCCAAGCAAAUGGAACCAAGAAGAGCACUUCUGAGAACAAAAGUUGAUCGAAGCUGUUGAGUCUAACCCUUGCAGCAUCAAUUCAUGUCUAAAUUUAUUCACAUAA